AUGGAGGCGCUGAGUGGUUAUUUUGAGAGUCAGAGUCCAGCUUAUGAACCCAUCAGCCCGCCCCUUCGGCCAGCACAACUGCCAAAGACUUCACCUGGUCAGAACGGCAAGAAGGAUACCCAUAAGGUCAUACCUAAGCUCGAUACCAGCAAAUCGGGAAGCGGCGCGCUGCGGAGUGCACAGAAAGCAGCACCUGUUCCGCAGACCGAGGGAGCUUCAGCUGAGCCAAGUCCAGCGGGGCGCAUCAUUAAGAAUGAAGAAGUUACCCCCAAAGGAUUUGAAGAAGCGGGUGACGCGACAGCCGGCGAGAGUGUGCAAAGCCGUGUGCUGGCGGUAACCGACAACGUGUCUCAUAAACGUAAACGUGAGGACAAUACCCCGGGUCAAGCGCCACCAACCUCUGCGACGCACGUUGAAUGGACACGGGCCUUCCACAAAAUCAGCAUGACAGCCCUUGACCAGAUCAUCGGCCAUCGUCACGCCAACAUGUUUGCACACCCCAUAAAGCCUCGAACGGCGCCGGGCUAUUAUGAGAUUGUUCUUCGACCGCAGGACCUCAAAGGUAUCCAGAAGGCGAUCACGGCGGGGUCGAAAGCUGCCUCGGCGGCGGUGGCGUCUAUGCCGGCUGCCGAUGUGAACGCGGCGGCUGUCUGGCUUCCUAUAUCAGUCGACCUAGUUCCGCCGCGGGGUAUAAUAAACAUCGCGCAGUUGGAACGGGAGCUUGUGCACAUGUUCGCCAACGCUAUAAUGUACAACCCUGACCCGCUACGUGGCCUGGGACCGUCGUUCCUGAAGAGCUACCGAAGUAACUCUAAUGCGGAUGGCGAGGAUACACGUGGCUAUGAGGUGGACGAGAAUGGGGUGGUCAAGGAUACUCGUAACAUGUUCGCCGAAGUAGACAAGCUCUUGGGCGAUCUCCGGAACGAGGUGGUGCCUCGCGCGCACGUUACAGCAGGCAGCCGCAGUAUGAGUGUUGCAGGUGGCGAGCAGAGCACUGCAGAAGACGAAGCCGAUGAGCAAGCUGGCGAUGCCAAGAGGCGCAGGGUCAGAAGCUAG